AUGCAUUGCACCAAUGCAACACUUCUUGCCGCACUUCACCUUAUACCAAUAGAGGAAGCUCGUGGGGGAUUGGUGCUUCAGGCGAGGGUUAUGUAA